AUGGAUGACAUAUACGUCAAACCAGGAAACCAAGAACGUGGGUGGAAUGACCCUCCUCAGUUCUCCUACGGCCUCCAGAUGGCCCGCACCCCACAGAGGAACCUUCUGAACAAGAGGCCCACGCUGCCCGACACCGCCGCCCCUCCUCCGGCUCCUCAUUCCGGCCCCUCGGGACCGCCGCCGUCGGGUUUGGCCCCGCCUCCCGCAGGACGCGCUCCCAGCUGGAAGACCGCAGAGAGACUUCGGGGCGACGAGGACGGCGGUCGAUCGGAGGGCGAGCCCGACGUCGAGGCGGCGCUGGAGAUUCUUCGGCAAGCGCUGGACGCGUGCAGACGAGACGUGGAGCCUCAGGUGUGUAACGACGUGGAAAAGAGACUCCGCCUCCUUGAGGACAGCUGGAAAUCGGGUCGACUGAGUCUGCCGGUCAGGAGACGCGUGAGCGCCUUGACUCGAGAGCUGCGAGCCGGACACUGGGACCGGGCCGACGAGAUCCAUCGCUCUCUCAUGGUGGAUCACGUGACGGAGGUCAGCCAAUGGAUGGUGGGCGUCAAGCGACUGAUCGCCGAGACGCGAAAGCUUCGGGCCGACGCCUGUCGCUCGUGA